UCCUAUUGUGCUUUGAAACUUUGUAUAUCUGAAUGAAUAUUUCCAAAUGUUAACAGGAGCAGUGUUGUUAUGUGAAAAUAUGCUGCAGGAGAACUCAAGCCUCCAUCAACUGGCAUGUGGUCCCCGUUGUGGUCUUGGUGAACUCAUUCUACCUGAAAACGAACCUGGAAUCAGUAUUAUGCCUGGGAUGGUUAAUCCUACUCAGUGUGAUGCUUUGACAAUGGUCUGUAGUCAUUUUGAGCUCAAUGUGUUCAAGCCAAUGAUGGCCAGUAGUCUUCCGCAAGUAAGUCUUGUGUGA